AUGCACGAUAACUUGAAACGUGACUGCGAGAAAAAUAUAUUACUUAAUACAGUCGAACUUCAACUCUUAUCGUGGACGUGUAAAAUAUUUUUUUUGUUUUCUUAGUUAAUCAUUUCUUAUGGUAUGUGAGACCUACUAACACCGACUGUUUUGUUUUCAGCUCCCUAUGGAAGUUGUAAUAUGUCAUGCAUGUUAUUUAUUCUUACAAAAUGCUGAUGUAAACACACCUAGAAUAUUAGGUCAUACUAAUAUCUGUGCUGGCUGUGGCUGUUCUUUGAAUGAAGCUAGACUUCAUUCUCUCGAAGAAAAUGGACCAUUAUAUGAUUUUUUUCCAUGGAUUAGAUCAGUACAGAAUGGAAGAGAUAGCUAUGCUGUUUGUCAUAAUUGCUGGCGGCGAGCUAGCCGACAAUUUGAACAAGAUUCUCAACGAGAAAUGGCUAUACCACAAUUGCCACCUGUACCUGCCCCUGCUCCAGCACCUGCCCCUGCUCCGGCACCUGCCCCUGUCCCGGCACCUGCACCUGCUUCUGCCUCUCAGCUGGGCCAGAGAUCAGUUGGAAUGGUCAAUUUACGUCAUUACAAGAGAGCUGCUAGUACAUCAAGACACUGCAUUUAUUCCGACUGCGGUUAUGUACCUAUGCAUUUAAUACCAACAUUUAUUAAAAAUAUGUUAAUUGUAGAUUACAACUAUUAUGUGCCCCGGUAUUCACGUGUUUGCCAUCACCAUUUGUAUUCUAAUACUUGGCGUGAAUUACCAGAACAAUCAUCUUCAAUAUCAAGUUUUAGUAUAAAUCAAAUAGAAGAUUUAGUUAAUAUGGCAAAACAAAAAACUGUCACAUUUAAUUUUGAAUGUGUUGAAGAAAUGCCCAACCACAUAUGCCAUUAUUGGACUGGACUGGAAGUGUCUGAAUUCAUUAUUUUAUUUAAUGAGUUACCUUUAGCUAAUCAGGUACCAUCACCAAAAUCUGCUUUGGCUAUCUUUUUAAUUAAAAUGAGGACAGGGGACAGUAACAAGAGAUUGUCUUCAUUAUUUAACAUACCUCGAUCAACUAUGGAGAGGCACAUGAACAUUGUACGCUUAUGUUUUAUGGAACAUUUUGUACCAUUACAUAUUGGAUUGCAGCAUCUUAAUAGAGAAGAUGUCAUAAGAAGAAAUCUGAGUAUUCCAAAUGCUUUGUUUGGCAAUCCAAAUGGCUCUGAUCAAACCAGACCUGCAAUCACAAUAUGUGAUGGCACUUACAUAUAUAUUGAAAAGAGUUCCAAUUAUUUCUAUCAAAAGGAAACUUAUAGUUUACACAAAUAUGUGAACCUCGUUAAACCAUUUCUUUGUGUGUGUACAGACGGGCACAUUAUUGAUGUGAUCGGCCCUUAUGCUGCCACUCAAACCGAUGCAGAAAUAAUGAAAGAUUAAUUUACUGAUGAAUCUGGACCCAUGCGAUCAUUUUACAGAGAGGGAGAUGUAUUUAUACUCGACCGAGGAUUCAGAGAUGCGAUCCCACUGUUGGAGGCCUGUAAUUAUAAUGUGCAGAAGCCUGAGUCGUUAAACGAGGGAGAACGACAACUAACAACUAUUCAGGCAAACAAAAGUCGAUUAGUGACAUUAUGUCGAUGGGUAGUGGAAGUAGUCAACGGACGAUUUAAAAGGGACUUUAAAUUAUUUCGCCAGGAUUUUUUUAAUAGAGCUCAUGCACAUUUAAUGAGUGAUUUUAAAAUUGCAGCUUCAUUAAUUAACAGAUUUCACCCCACGCUUCAAGAUCGGCCAGAUGCUUCUCUUAUUAUAGAAAGAGCCUUGAGGUAUCAACAUACUCCUAAUUACUUAGCAGAAUUUGUAACAAAUUAUAAUUUAAACAGGCGAUCGGUUAUGUUUAGACGCAUAGACGGCAGGUUUCCUCAAUUAAAUAUAUUUCCCGUAUUUAGUUACUCAGAAUUGAUUAUUUUCGCAUUGGGCCCAUAUCAGGUAAAACAAGCACGAUCAUAUUAUGGCGAACAUGUUCGACAAAAUGGCUUGUAUGAAAUUGAAAUAUGUCCUGAGCUGGAACACUCUGAAGAAAUGGUUGCGGCCGUUGGAGGAAAUAGACCUUAUUUAUUAAGGGGUCGAAUCCAGUCGCGCCAUGUUGGUCGGCGUAAAUAUUUUACGUAUAUUUUAAUUGACACUCAGCCCUCGAGUAGUAAUUGCUUAGAUGCAAUAUUAGGUUACUGUUGCAACUGUCUCGUGGGUAACAGAACAGUGGGAUGCUGUUGCCACGUUAUGGCCAUAAUAUGGUAUUUGGGUUGGGCUAGACACCAAGACAAUAUAUCGCCGCCAGCAUCAUUCUUAGACAAUAUAUUACUUGUAAUUGAAGAAUAAAACAUUUAACACUUA